AUGAAGGCUGUCCAAAUUUUAGGAGACAGAUCCUCCCCUAGAAUCGUAACCAACGAUUCCAUGCCUGAGCCCGCGCCCAAGGACUCCGAAAUCCUCGUCCGAGUCUACGCCGCCGGAAUCACGGGCGAUGAAGUCCUAUGGCACGAACUCUACAAUAGCCCUACACGAAUCCCCGGCCACGACAUAUCGGGCGUCAUCUCCGCCUUUGGGCCGGAGUAUGCUGGCCCAUUCAGGAUUGGUCAAGAGGUUCUCGCUUUUCUUGCGGCGAGUUCAGGAGGCCAAGGGCAGGCUGACUAUGUUAUCUGCCACGCCAAUGAACUCGCGCCCAAGCCAACAUCGAUAUCGCAUGCGCAAGCUGCCGCGUUGCCGAUUCCAUUUCUUACUGCUUGGGAGGCGAUAUUUGAUCAUGGAGGAGGCGUCAAGGAGGCUGGCAUGAGGGUUCUCGUCACGGGAGCAUCAGGGGCGGUGGGUCGGUUAGCUGUUCAGAUUGCUUCUUCCCAUGGCGCGUACGUUAUUGCGCUUGCUUCGGCUCGGCACCAUAGUACCCUGAAGGAACUCGGUGCUCAUGAGGUGCUUGAUUAUAAUACGCCAGGCUGGGAAACCCAACUACAGAAUGUGGCUUUGGUGCUCGACACAGUCGGAGGUGACAUCCUGACUAAGACGUGGGAAACAAUCGACGAAAGUGACGGCACAAUCGUCACUGUAGGAGACCCGCCACCAUCAUGGGCCUUUGGAAAAUGCCAGGCUGCUGAGUCUACAAAGUGGCCCAAUGCCCAAUACACAUAUUUUGUUGUCUCACCUAAUGCUGAGAGACUGAGCAAGGCGUCCGGGAUGAUUGAUGCUGGUGCUAUCACUCCACUGGAAGUCAAGUCGUUUCCCUUUCAUGAAGCGGAAAAAGCUUGGAGUUGUGCUCGACAGAGGGGUCGGGGACACAAGGUUGUGAUUGAUUUUGUGGGCUGA